AUGGCCUACGGAGAAAUUGAUCAACUGGCUAUCAACACCAUCCGCCUUCUGGCGGUGGAUGCCACCUUCCACAGCAACUCGGGCCAUCCCGGUGCUCCCAUGGGCAUGGCUCCCGUUGCCCACGUCCUUUUCAACAAGUUCAUGCGCUUCAACCCCCAGAACCCCUCGUGGCUGAACCGCGAUCGUUUUGUCCUCUCCAACGGUCACGGCUGCAUGCUCCAAUAUGCUCUGCUUCACCUUUUCGGCUACAAGCUGUCCAUGGAUGACAUCAAGGCUUUCCGCUCAGUCGACAGCAUCACUCCCGGCCACCCCGAGGCUCAUGAUACUCCCGGCAUCGAGGUCACCACUGGCCCCCUCGGCCAGGGUGUCUGCAACGCCGUUGGUCUUGCCAUGGCCCAGGCCCACUCUGCUGCCAUCUUCAACAAGGAUGGCUUUGACCUGCUCAACAACUACACAUACUGCUUCCUCGGCGAUGGCUGCCUGAUGGAGGGCGUCUCGAGUGAGGCCAGCUCCUUGGCUGGUCACCUCCAGCUCGGUAACCUCAUCUGCAUUUACGACGAUAACCACAUUUCCAUUGACGGUGACAUCAACUGCGCCUUCACUGAGGACGUUGUCAAGCGUUAUGAGGCCUACGGCUGGCACGUCGUUACCGUCGGUGACGGUGACAACGACCUCGAUGGCAUUGAGGCCGCCAUUAAGGAGUGCCAGUCUGUCAAGGACAAGCCCUCCAUGAUCAAGCUCCGCACCACCAUUGGUUACGGCUCUCUCAAGCAGGGUACCGGCGGCGUCCACGGCUCUCCCCUCAAGGCCGACGACGUUGCUCAGGUCAAGAAGAAGUUCGGCUUCAACCCCGACGAGACCUUCGCCGUUCCCCAAAAGGUCUACGACCUCUACGGCAAGCACUCUUCCGAUGGUGCCGCCGCCGAGGCCGAGUGGAACCAGCUUUUCGCCAAGUACAAGGAGAGUUUCCCCAAGGAGCACGCUGACCUUGUCCGUCGCCAGGCUGGCGAGCUUCCCCAGGGCUGGGAGAAGUCCCUGCCCACCUACACUCCCGCCGACGAUGCCGUCGCCACCCGCAAGCUCUCCGAGACCGUCCUUACCAAGAUUGAGGCUACCGUUCCCGAGCUCUUUGGUGGUUCCGCCGACCUGACUGGCUCCAACCUUACCCGCUGGAAGGAUGCCGUCGACUUCCAGCCCAAGGCCACCGGCCUCGGUGACUACUCUGGCCGUUACGUCCGCUAUGGUGUCCGUGAGCACGCCAUGGGUGCCAUCCUCAACGGUCUCGCCGCCUACGGUACCAUCCUGCCCUACGCCGGCACAUUCCUCAACUUCGUCUCCUACGCUGCCGGAGCCGUUCGUUUGUCCGCUCUGUCGCACUUCCGCGUCAUCUGGGUCGCCACCCACGACUCCAUUGGUCUCGGUGAGGACGGUCCUACUCACCAGCCUAUUGAGACUCUUGCCCACUUCCGCGCCCUGCCCAACUGCAUGGUCUGGCGCCCUGCUGACGGCAACGAGACCUCCGCUGCCUACUACGUCGCCAUGACCUCCAAGAGCACCCCCAGCAUCGUUGCUCUGUCGCGCCAGAACCUUCCCCAGCUCGAGGGCUGCACCAUCGAGAAGGCCUCCAAGGGUGCCUACGUCCUGCAGGAGGUCGAGGGCGCCAACAUUACCCUCAUCUCUACCGGCUCCGAGGUUUCCAUCUGUGUCGAAGCCGCCAAGUACCUCUCCGAGAAGCACGGCCUCAAGGCCCGUAUUGUCUCUAUUCCUUGCUUCGAGGUCUUUGACACGCAGUCCAAGGAGUACCGCCUCUCUGUCCUGCCCGACGGCAUCCCCAUCUUGUCGGUCGAGGUCAUGAGCACCAUGGGCUGGGAGCGCUACUCGCACGAGCAGUUCGGUCUCAACCGCUUCGGUGCCUCUGGCGCCUACAAGGACGUCUACAAGAAGUUCGAGUUCACCCCCGAGGGCAUCGCCAAGCGCGCCGUCGCCACCGUCGACUUCUGGAAGGAUGUUCCCAACGUCCGCUCUCCUCUGAACCGCGCCUUCCAGCAGCUUAUCUAA